AGAUCUAAGAGCCUCUCCGGUGUUGGACGCUUCGGAGAACGCCUCGACUGGAGAUAUCUCUUCAAGUAGUCUUGGGCUUCCUCUGGCGAGAUAUGCCCACCGUCCAACAAUGGAUGAUAACUCUGUAGUCUUUUCUGAGACGGACUCUUUCCGACGUAUGGAAGCUGAGUUGAGCAUUAUUGAAACCAGGUUCGCCUCCUCAGAGGCUCGACGUGUUCCCAGCACGCCAGUCUCCAGCAAGUUUCGAGAAGAGUUCGACUUUGAACCGCCGCCGGUCAUGCAACCUCAAUCGCGCAAGUCGUCCGCUUUCACAAAAUUAGCUAGACUCGCGAUUCGAAGCUAUGAUGGAGCGGAGAAAAACAUGGAAGAGUUGCUUAGCGUUCCGGUCCCAGACUUUCAACCAGAAGUAUUGCGUUCCCCAGGAGCGAGCCCUCUUUCUCCUCUAGACGAUGACGCCGUAGGCUUGUGGGGGAAAGCUGUCAAAAAUAAGGGAGAUGCUAAAGCAAACGAAGUGAGAGGUAAACUUUUUAUUCCACGAAGAAGGAGUAGCCAGGGCAGGAAGAAGAGUGCCGUCGAAGAAGAGCAAGAACGCCCUAAAGGUGCAUUUGAAGGACUCAUCAGUAUGAGAAGGGGUAAGAAGAAGGUUGAUCUCAACGACCACGAGAGUGCAGCAGAGGAAUACAAGAAAAAAUUUGAAGAACGUGUUGCCGUGAAGGAAUUGGUUAUGGAUUCCUGGGAAGCGGAGAUGGAGGCUUCUGCGGCAAGAGCCAAAGCAAAAAGUAAAAAUAUCGUCAAAAAGAGCAAGCCAACGGGUCCCGACCACAGAUAUCCCGCUAGUUGGUCAAGAUUUCCUAGUCACAAUCGGAGUGAGCGCCUUUCCAGCGCUUCAGUAGUUGACCGCGUUGAAGCGAAAGACUUCGCGAAUCUGGGCAGAAAGGAUGGAGAGAUUGUUUGGUGCCUUGCGCACGAGGAUGAUGGCCAUCACACAGAACUUGAGUAUCUGAAGAGGAAGAAGGGGGUCCUGGAUAAGGUCAAGGAAAAGAUUGAUCAAGAAGUGUAUAGAACGGAUACACAGGUUCAGCAGCAGAGUUCAUCCAAGGGCCGAAGAGGCAGUCUUAGUAUGGCUGGAGAACUGGAAUACCCUGAGCUGGAAGUCUUGCCUCUUCCGAUGAUUACUGCUGCACAGAAUCCGGAGGAAGCCGAGGUGGAGUUUAAGGAGAGGGAGAGACAAUUGAAGCUUCUGAAGGCCGAUGUUGAUGGAAGUAUGGACUUGGGAAUCGGAGGGGAAAUGAACGAGUCGAUGCUCAGUAUUGCGGAUCCAAAGUUCUACGACGAUUGCCUUGUUGAUUCAUUCGAGGACGUGGACGCGGACAUGCUAGAGGAGAUGUUGCCCAAGAUGGGUUCGAAGAAGGAUAAGUCUCGGACUUGGUCCGGAAGAGACUGGGAGGGUUAUAAGUCUGAACGGAGGAACAGGAACAUGAGUUUUGGGUCGGUGUUUGUGAGGAGAAGCACAGAUGAUCAUUGUUCAGAGUUGGAGGUUUUGGAGAAGGUCGAGAGGGAGAGAGUGUUGAAAGCAGCUGAUGAUGCUUGGGGAAGACGAAAGUAGGUUAUUCUUGGGUAUUGUUUAGUCCUCUUAGGGGUUCGAGUAUCUAGAAGCUCGGACAGCGUUAGCAAUCGUUAUGGAUGUAAUUUCCUUAAUGAUUAUCCGUCCCUCUGGUGGUGGAAAGGUCAGAGAAUCAUCAUUCA